GCGGCGGCGCCGUCCGGUGCCCGGGCGGGGUGCCGCAGUCCGCGGCCCGGGUGCCCCCGUACCACCGCACCGCGACUCGGCUGGCUGAUCUCUCGGAGAGCGCGUAACUAAAACACACCAAAAUGUCGGACGAAGAAUACUCAUCUGAGGAGGAGGUCAGCGAGGAGGAGGAGGAGGAGGUCCCAGAGGCCAAGGAAGAAGAGGCACCGGCGCAAAAGCAGGAAGAGAAGAAGGAGAACAUUUUCACGCAGCGGCAGGAGAAGAAGAACACAGAGCUCGACGAGCAGCUGAAGGAGUACAUCGCGGAAUGGCGCAAACAGAGGGCCAAGGAGGAGGAGGAGCUCAACAAGCUCAAGGAGAAGCAGGCCAAGCGCAAGGUCCUGCGCGCCGAGGAGGAGAAGCGUCUGGCCGAGGCCAAGAAGGCCGAGGAUGAGCGCCGCUACCGCGAGGAGCAGGAGAAGAAACAGCGCGAGCAGGAGGAGAAGAAGCGCCGGCUGGAGGAGGCCGAGAAGAAGAGGCAGGCGCUGGCCCAGGCGCAAAAGGCCGCCGCAGGAGGAAAGGCCAACUUCAAGGUCGGCAAGAAGGACGACAAGCUGUCCAACAUCCAGGCUGCCAAGAACGAGAUCAGCAAGACCAAGGAGCAGCUGGCAGAGGAGAAGAAGAUUGCUCUCAGCAUCCGCAUCCAGCCUCUCAAAGUCGAUGGUCUCGGUCUCGAGGCGCUGAAGAAGAAGGCGGAGGACAUGUGGAACCAGAUCGUGAAGCUGGAGACGGAGAAGUACGACCUGGAGGAGCGCCAGAAGAGGCAGGACUACGACCUGAAAGAGCUCAAAGAGAGGCAGAGACAACAGAACAAACAGAAAGCCAUUAAAUUGGGUUUGGAUCCUGAGGCCCUGACCGGCAAGCACCCGCCCAAAGUGCGUUUGGCGUCCAAGUUUGAGCGGCAGGUUGAUAGGCGCACAUUCUCCGAGAAAACCCAUCUGUUCGAUGGUGGCUGGACUGUGUUGUUCUCCGAGCAGAACGAUAAGCUCUGGGAGGAAAAGGCUGACGAAUGGGGCAAGCGUCCCAAGACGCGGCUGCCAAAGUGGUUCGGCGAGCGGCCCGGUAAGAAGACCGACGAUCCUGAAACUCCUGAGGAGGAGGAGAAGGAGGAGGAAAUGGCGCCGCCGGCCGACGAGCCGGAGGAGCUCGAAGCACCGGCCGAAGAGGAAGAAGAGGAGGAAGAGGAGGAAGAAGAGGAGGAAGAAGAAGAGGAAGAAGAGGAGGAGGAAGAGGAAGAAGAGGAAUAAAUUCAACCCAGCGUAUGCUUCAAGUCUGUGUACCAUUGUCGCUCAACCGUGUCUCCAUGUCAACUUCAACGUAACUCCUGCUACUGCCUUCUCGUCGCGGGCGCCGCGGCGGCCGAUCCACUGACGUCAUCAAAUCGACCCAGUGACGUCACAGGCCGGCUCCGUGUCACCGCGGCGACCCUAUCCCGGCUCUCAGCUCAUCCAGUGCCGGAAACACACCGAAAUUCAUACUCAUGCGCCAACGGGCGGGCGUGGCGUGCGGCCCGUGUAACACCGGUCUGUCGGUCACGUGUGAGGUCAGGUCACCCGGGUGGGCGGGGCCAGCGCGCGGCGGGACCCAGCCACCGUUCUGCGCCCCGGCCCGGCCCGUCCGGUCACCGGAGAGGCAGCCUGGGCAGCGCCCGGGCGCCCCAGGACCCCGCACGAGCUCCAACCGCCGCUGACUCGGUGAUUGCCAUCAAUACACAUCUCGGUACGGGA